AGUUCCCUCGGGGAACUAGGGUUACGGUCGUAACCUAGAGACGUUCUGUUCAGACUUCUUCAGCAGUAAAUGGCUGUACUUGAGUCCCACUGGUUUCUGCCAGUUCUUUGCUGAUGGCACUAAUGGACAUAUCAAGGAUAGUCACAACAAAUAUUGAUUUGAUGUAGAUUUUUCUUUUGUUUGCUUAAUUUGCAUUUUGUAAAUGGAUUAAAAAAAAAAAUACAAUAUAUAUUUUUGGAAGCAUUCUAACUUAUGUCUAAAACGUUUGCACAGUAGUGUGAUUAACAUUCUGAAAAGAAAAGAAUAAAUUACGACAGGAUGGACAGUAAAUUAGAAAGGAAGACACUUUUGGACAUUUCCACAGUUCACUGCACACAGGACAACAUUGUAAGGUUAGCAGCAACAUAAGAAAAUACAUUUAAGACUUCAAAGUGAAACAUCUGUCAUCAUGGCUUGUCAUUAUUAUAGGAGAUUUUCACAACAUAAGAGCUGGGGUACUGCUGCUGUUGUGAUAAUUCAGCAUUCAGUUCUCAGAGAGAGGAACAAGUAAUGACUCUAUAUAAGGGUUUCCUCUGGUAGCACAGAUUUGGUAACAACAGAGACAGUGAAUAACAUUGAGCAUUAAAAUUAACAAAUACAAAUAAUCGUGUGUAAGAUUGUGGUGGCCAUGUUUAAAAGCUGCACCAUCCAUUGGAAAUUUGAGUUCAGAUUAGGCAGUGACCUGACAAAUAUUACUAUUAUUAUUACUACUACUGCUGUUACUAAUUGUCUAUGUAAGGGAUGAGGUGAAUGUGUUACAGAUCUUGCAUCAAUUUAGUGACACCAGCUAUUCUUUUCUCUUUUUGUAGAUAUAGCACUGUAAAUAGAUUUGCCUAGUGAGGCGAGUGUGUUAAGAAUGUGUUGAGAGUGUGUUGAGAAGAUGGAGGGAGCAUUUUGUGCAGCUGAUGAAUGAGUAAAAUGAGAGAGAGAAGGUUGGAUGAUGUUGAGAUGGUGAAGCAGGAAGUGGAUAGGAGAUGUUUAGGAGAGAUGGCAGUGGAGUUUUUAUAUAUUUGUUUUCACGUUGUCAUUAUGGGGUACUAAGUGUAGAUUAGAAAAUCAAUUUGAACGAUUGUAUUAUCAGGCUGCAACAUAAAAUUGAGAAAAAGUGAAAGGGGUCUGAAUAUAUAAGGCCACAUUACAUAGGAAGUCAGAUGGCAGUGAACAAAUGAAAUCAUUUAUGUCUCUCUUAGCAUGGUGAAAAUCUUAAAAUGACGAAUUAAUAAAAGAAAGAUGUACUGUGUAUACUAUGUGACUAUGCAAGGCAAAAAGUAUGUCUGCUUGUAAUAUAGCAGAUGUAAAACCUUUUAUCAGCUUAUCUUUUUACUCUAUUGAAAUUUAUCAGAUAUAAAAAGUUUAACCUCUACCACACUGUGGUUUUAGAACAUAGAGUAUAGGUAGCAGGAAGAGGAACUGCUUGAGCUUCUACAGACACAGGAACGGGUUCACAGAGAAGCAGGACGCACGAAAACCUCAAUUUCUUUUACAACAGACCAAUUCUAACAUGAACUGCUUUUUCAUUUUUAUUCUGUUCAUUUCAAAUGUUGUCAUUUCUCAGUCAGCAUACAGACAGUUAAGUCUUCAAACUGGAGCAUCUGUUACCAUCCCAUGUCUUUAUGAUAGGAAAUAUAUACAUCAUAAGAAAUACUGGUGCUAUAAUUAUUAUUCACUCUACACUUCAUGCACAAUUCAGGCGUAUGCCAACGAUACACAGGGGAAAGUGACAGUAACUGAUAAUCCAGUUGAGAGUCUCUUUACUGUGACUAUGAAAGAUCUCCAGACAGGAAACACUGGAUCAUACUGGUGUGCUGUAGAGAUAGAAGGAAUAACAUAUGAUGUUACAGAAUACCUUUAUAUCACAGUGAAAGCAGAUCCUGAUCUGUCUGUGAGGGAGAGCAGUGUGAGUGGUGAUGAAGGAGGCAGCGUCACAGUUCAGUGUCUCUACAGCGCUGCGUAUCAGACAACAGAGAAGCAGUGGUGCAAAUUCAGAGACAGACGCUGCAACUCAGUGACGAGGACUGACACAUCCCAGAAAUCAGCAGUGCACAUCAGUGAUGAUGGGAAAAGUUCAUUAAUUGUACAGAUGAGUGGACUGAAGAAGAGUGAUGGUGGCUGGUACUGGUGCAGUGCAGGAGAUCUGGAGGUUCCUGUUCACAUCAGUGUCCGUGAUCCACCUCCAGUUGUGACUACAGCAGUGACUACAACCACUAAUGAUGUCACUACGUACACCUCUGUCUCAAAUCACAAUUCAGCAGCAUCUGAGACUACAGUUGUUAGCAGUGAUGAAACCAUUGAGAAGGUCCACUGGUACCUGAUUGCCUUUCUUGUGCUACUGGUGAUGCUGGUCAUCAUCGUCAUCAUCAUCAUCGGCGGCCUAUUAAAAAAGAAUAGACAAGCUGAGAAUCAGAUCAGGACCAGAGGGGAGAGCAGUAACCCCACUGUUCCCACACCCACUUUUAGAGCUGAAGACACCAUUAUAUACAGCACUGUGACUAAUCAAAAGUCUUCAGCAUUAAAAGAUAACGAUGACGUGACCUACAGCUCUGUAAAAAUUGCUUCCAAGAAUAAAACUGUGUCUCCAAAUGUUGUUGAAGGUGAAACCAUCUACAGCAGCAUAGUUUUCCAGUAAAAGGGGUCACCACAGUGGACCAUCCGCAUCUUUGAUUUGGCACAUGUUUUUAC